AUGGCAUUUAACGGUACUUGGAAAAUUGACAGAAAUGAAAACUAUGAAAAGUUCAUGGAGGCAAUGGGUAUUAACAUGAUGAAAAGAAAGUUAGGAGCUCAUGAUAAUUUGAAGAUCACUUUUCAACAAGAUGGAAACAAAUUUACCCUCAAAGAAUCAAGCAACUUCCGUACCAUAGAUGUUGAAUUCACUCUGGGAGUCAAUUUUGAGUACAGUUUGGCAGAUGGGACUGAACUUACU